GAUUCUUAAAUAUGAACGAGAGCGAUUUUAAAAGCAUUUUGGCUACGACUGCUUCGGUAUGCACAAUUUUGCAGUUUUUAACUGGAACAUUGACCUGCCAAAAAAUUGUUCAAAAUAAAAGCACUGGAGAUAUAUCGCCAUUUCCAUUUGUAAGUGGAUGCCUAGCGACAAGUCUGUGGCUUCGAUAUGGUUUUUUAAUCCAAGACAGUUCAAUUAUUUUGGUCAAUACUGUUGGAUCCACUUUAUUUUUUGCCUACGUUAUAACUUUUUAUUUAUACAGUAUUAACAAGACAACAGUUGUACGUCAAUUCACUGGAUGUAUUUUCAUAUUGAUUAUUAUCCUGAUACAUGUGCACAAUGGUGAAGAUCCAACUAAAGUUAGAACGCACCUAGGAUUAAUAUGCAGUGGAGUUACAAUUCUAUUUUUUGCUGCUCCAUUGGCAUCACUUUUGCAUGUCAUCAAAGUAAAGAGUACUGAGAGUCUUCCAUAUCAUCUCAUUUUUUCUUCGUUCAUUGUUUCUUUGCAAUGGCUUAUUUAUGGUUUCGUUCUGAAGGACACAUUUAUUCAAAUUCCAAAUUUUAUUGGAAGUAUUUUGUCUGGAUUCCAGCUUAGCCUGUUUUUAAUUUACCCGAACAAAGCCAAAUCCUUCUCAAAUGUUUAAAUGUACUUAGAUAUAAUAUAUUGUAGGCUAAGUAUACACAUGUAUGUAUAUAUGGACAG